AAAAAAAAAAAAAAAAAGGCCACAAAAACCGAAAAUUCCAUCAGGAGAAAAGAAGCAUUUCUCACAUUUCUCCCCAAACAAAAACAACAAUGGCGAUGACACUGAUGAGAUCAAGCAUUCGUCAAAAACUCUCCUCCCAAAUCCACCUCUCCAAAUCUCUAAUCCCAAACUCCCAUCUCCCAUUCUCUUCCAAGGUCUCAGAUCGCAUAGUGAAGCUCGCAGCGCUGGACCCAGAUGGGAAAAAGCACGAGGUGGUGGGUCUAACCGGUCAGACUCUUCUCAAAGCCUUAACCAACACUGGUCUCAUCGAUCCUGCCUCUCACAGGCUCGAAGAAAUCGACGCUUGUUCAGCUGAGUGUGAAGUCAAUAUCGCUCAAAAAUGGCUCGACAUGCUCCCACCUCGCACCUACGAUGAGGAGUAUAUCUUGAAGAGAAGCUCGCGUGCACGUGUUAUGAACACGCAUUCUCGUCUUGCUUGUCAGGUUGUUCUCACUCCUGAGCUUCAAGGUAUGAUUGUGGCUGUCCCUGAACCAAAGCCUUGGGAUAUUCCUUAAGGGGAAAAAGGUUGAAACUCAGAUUUGGUUCUUGCUGUUUUCCGUUUUUCAAUUCAAUAAUUUGGAACAAAUGACUAAGACUUUGGAAUUUCCAUCUGGGUUUUUUGUAUUUUUGGUUAAAGAUCUGUCAUUUCAAGAAUUAUGCGAAAUUGGGUAUUCCAAGUUUGAUUA